AUGACCGGACCCUCGAUUCAAGAUCGCACGAGCGAGUUCAGUGCGAUCCUGGGCCAAGCCCAAAAGCGGCUCGCAACUUCGAAGGUCGGAACACAGCGACAGGCGCUGUUGACGGACGCUCAAAAACGACAGGCCAAUGGAUCGACCCCUGGUACGCAGGAAGGAAAGGGCAGCAGAUCCGAGUUUGCGCGAAAGGCGCGUGAUAUAGGAAAGGGGAUCACUGGAACAACUGCGAAGCUACAACGAUUGGCAGAGCUGGCAAAGCGAAAAACACUUUUCGAUGACCGCCCCGUGGAAAUAUCCGAGUUGACAUAUGUGAUCAAGCAAGAUCUGGCUGCAUUGAACCAGUCGAUUGCGUCUCUGGCAGCGCUGACCCAGGCGCAACAUCCGAAGUCGAAUCGUUCCAAGACUGAUCAAGAAGGAGAGCACAAUGACAAUGUCGUUGUCAUGUUGCAAGGCAAGCUUGCCGACGUCGGAGCUAGCUUCAAAGAAGUCCUGGAAGUCCGCACGAAAAACAUCCAGGCGUCCCGCUCCAGGACCGAGAAUUUCGUGUCUUCUGUAUCAUCCAAGUCGCAAUCCGCGCUCGAUUCUCAACGUUCUGAUUCACCCUUAUACAACACCUCAGGGAGGCGAACUCCCCAACCCGGAUAUCAAGGAAACUCAUCCGACCUCUUGACACUCGACCCAUCCAACCCUUCACCAUUGGGACGCCCCUCGAUGCAGUCAGAUCAACAGUUGCUGGUCAUGGAGGAAGCCCAGUCGAGCAAUUCCUACAUUCAAGCCCGUGGCGAAGCCAUCGAAGCCAUUGAGCGAACCAUUAAUGAAUUGGGCGGCAUCUUUGGUCAACUUGCUCAGAUGGUCAGCGAGCAAUCGGAAAUGAUCCAGCGCAUUGACGCUAAUACGGAGGAUGUCGUGGACAAUGUCCAAGGCGCUCAACGAGAACUAAUGAAGUACUGGACUCGGGUUUCUGGCAACCGCUGGCUUAUUGCUAAGAUGUUUGGUAUCCUGAUGAUUUUCUUCCUACUGUGGGUUUUGAUUUCCUGA